CAGUACACUGUCAAUGGAAUUAGUAUGUCAAAAUUCUAGCAAAAUAUAUUAAAUUAUUAAAAAUUUGUUUGCUGUUGUCACCGAUCAUGACAAAGUUUGAAUGAAGCUAUUAUUUGCGCACAGCUCGUAAAUUAUUUUGGAAUCUCAAAUGAUCAUCGGUACUUAAUUGGUAUCCCACAAAAUGCGUGAGAUACCAGAAUGCUUGAACCGUCGAUACCUAAUGUUGGACAAAUUGAUAAAGGAUCUUAGCAGCAACCUGCCUCCACCCGGGUCUGUUGAUGAAAGCGCUAGCUGUGACAACAACCAGGUCGGCAUCAAAAUGAUGUGCGAUUUCUGGAACAUUCUGCAAGAUGAUCCUGAAUGUAAUCUUACGCAAGAAGUCCAGCAGCGCUUGUGUGGGGAAGCAGAUUGCUCCGGCAUGUACGGGCCGGCGCGCGUCGACUGCUUCAGAGCCAGCAAAGACCAGGACUCGAAUAAAGGAAAGGAACUACCUGUCAAUCGAGUGACACGCAUACGUGUUGAAAAAGACCCAAAAUCUCCCAAUCGUCAUGGUUGUUGUGCCAAUUCCACUGACGGUGACAAGUUGCCACUCAGUCAAGUUUUAUGUAAUUUAAAAGAGGCGGCUUCUUACGACAAGAAAUGUAACGUCAGAGUUGGGGAGCUGAUGACAGCUCAGGCAGAGCUGAAAGAACAGAUCCAGAUUUUGGAAGAGAGGGAGAAGCAAGGAGGAGAACUAUUGAAGCAGGCUGAUGCUAUGUGGUCUUGCAUGGAAGAGUCGUACAAAAAGAAAGUUGCUGAGUCUCAGGACCGAUACGCCGUAUUAACGAAAGAGCUGAAAGAAAUAGAACAAAGUGCAAACAAAUGGCGAAAGAAUAAGAAAGAUCUAGAAUUUCAAAUGCAGAACAUAACCCAGUGUAACGAAGAUAUAAAAGAGAAAAUAAAACAGAAGAAGAACGAUCUAAAGAUUAUGGAUCUGGAAAUUAUCGAUUUUAAGAAUCGUAUAGAGAGUAACGAUAAAGAUUUGUAUAAAGCGAAGAAUUCAUAUAAAGCGAAGAAAGAAGCCUCUGAUGCAAGAAUCGCAACCAUAGCCUCAGAAAUGGCUCAAGUGGAGAAGAAGCUUGCGGUUGAGUAUAAACAUAAAGCUGACAAAGAACAGGAAGGUGUCCAGUAUGUCAAAGAAGCAAGAGAAGAUUUGCAGAAAAUUUGUAGAGUACUGCUACAGAAGAAACUUGAGAAUGAAGAUCUUCAAGCAGAGAAAGAAGCACUAAUUCAAGACAUAGAUCUACUCAAACAGACAUGUGAUAAUUGCAAAGAGAAAUGUGCCAAUAAAGAAAAAUCCAUAGAAGAAGAAAUCAAAAAGGUUGAAGCUGAUUUGAUAGAAUUUAGGAAAAAGUGCAUCAAAUGCCAUGAAUGUACUGACACUAUAGAUGUUAGAAAGUUCUGCACUGACUGUCCAAGAUGUUUAGCAGAAAGGGACUGCUUGUAUGAAGGCGAUCAUUGUAGCCUAGACCAUAGUAUGGAUUGCGUAUGCAUGAGUGUAAAACAAAAAUUCUUGGACAAUGUAUUCGAUAAUAUGUACACAGUUUUGGAAAGGCAAUCUAAAACCUGUCCCGGUAAAGCCGUAGCCGAUUGUGUCCUCAAUUGUUUGAAGAGAAGUAGGAAUGGGAAACUAAAUGAGGAAACUAGAAAAGUUUUACAAGAAUUCAUUUUGAGUACUGUAAAGAAGAAUUUGAAUUUGACGAUAGUUGGUGGGGCGGUUAAGACAAGAUGCGAGAUGGAUCCAGAAACUUAUAAGCAGCUGAUGGUAUGUCUCAAAGAAGUUGCUGUUACCAAACCCGUUAAAGAAGAUAAGGGUACUGGAUCUAGGAAGGAGCCGUGUCGCCGCUGGGGAGGUCCGAGUGAGUGCCAUUGUCCGAAGGGACCCAAAGCCUGCAUCUGCACUAAGAAAGCGCUGCCUCCACCCACGGAUCCUGUUUCGUGUGGACCUCAACCUGCGGACGAAAAGGAAUCGCCUUCAAAAAUCUGUCCGGUCCGCGAACCGCUAGCAUGUAGCUUGGACUGUGGCAUGCUUGGCUUGCCAGGAGCUUCCGACUUAAAGCGAGAGCCUUGCGCCGGACAAUCCUGCGCCUUCUCCAAGAACUCCAAGAACAUGCGAGCAGCCCAGUGUAUGCUCGGAACAGAGGCACUGGCUUCCAUACAUCACCAUCCCACACCGCCGCUCGUACCAAACCUGCUAGCGACGGAUAAAAAGGCUGCAUGCACUUGCGGAGGCAAGGCGGUAAAACCAUGUCCAUGUCAUAGAGAUGCAAAACAUCUGAAAGCAGAAGUAAAGGAUGAAUGCAAUAAAGGUACAUGCGCUAAUUUUAGAAAACCAUCAACAAAUAGACCAGAGGAUGUGUAUGAACAAGUUGGUAUCAGUCGCCAAAGACAAGGAAGAUCACCACAAGCAAAUGCCAAAAAAAGGGCGGGUCAAAAUGUCGCUAAAGAUCAGUUCAAGAUAGCAAUAAAUAAUGAAAAUGGCAAAGCAAAAAAUCAAUUUACCAAAUUGACAAAAACAAAAUCAGGAAGGGUAGCUAUGGAACUAGAUGAGGAUAUAAUUGAACUAUUAGAACAGAAGAGUAAAUAUGAUUCUUAUUUAUAUAUAUCAGUGAGGAAAACAGAUUCUGGUAAUUUGUUACUUUAUUUUGAUACGAAGGGCAAUGAUGUUGAUAAUACACAGAGAGUAACAGUCAGGCAAACACCGUCUGGGACACGACUAUUAGACAUACAUAAAACAAUGAUGAACAUGCUUAGAGAAACCUUAUCUAAUAGAGUACCAAAUUCGAGUGUUUCAAAAAGCAUUAAAUUGUCAGUAAGUUCGACAAGAGAAGACAGUCCAACGAAAGUGCCAAAAUUAUCGGAUGAAUAUUUAAAGAAAAUAGGAAAUGAAACACAGAGUUUGAAAAACAAUAUUAUGCCGUCUCAAGAUAUGAAGAAUAAAAUCGAAGGAAAGGAAGAUAUUCGGUGUCCUUGCCCGGCAGGUAGUCCUGUUUCAGUUUGUAGCAAGGUUAAAAGUGACACAAAUUCACCAAUAAAAGACGGUUCUAACCCACUAACUAUUGUAGACAAAGAAAAUCUUAAAUGUAAGAAUACGGGAAAGUGCCCGAAAGCUAUGCCAGAUUCAGUUUGUUCCAAAUUGAAGGACGAUACUAACUGUCCAUCUGAUCUUGUUGAACCAAAAGACACUUCAGGUCCAAGCCCUUCCAUUAAAGAUAAGUAUUUUCCUAUUAAACCCAAUAAAAAAGCAGACAAUUCCUGUACCUGUCCUAAAGGCUCACCGGAUCGGCUUUGCUGCAAGCAAACCAAUUUACCACAAAAAGGUGUAAGACGCGCCACUGAUACAGUUUUACCGCAAAGUCAUAAAGAGGACAAAAACAUGUGCUCCUGUCCAAAAUCUAUACCAGUUCCAGUUUGCUCCAAACAGUCGAAAGUUAUACCUGGUACAGAAAAACACAUCAAAUCAAAAUUAAUAACUAAAACUGAGGAAGUUACUAGCAACAGGAAAUCAGAUAUAUCUGGAAGUGAAGUUCGUGAGGAUGAAUCUGACUUCAUAUCGGAACUGACAUACCUAUAUAAAGAAGGUAAUGCAAAUAUCUUCGUAAAAGUUCGAGGUAAAAAUGGAAUAAUGAGAAUACUACCCACAGUUGUAACGAAAACUGAAUCGGGUACUAUAGCUUUUUAUGGCGGAGAUAUUUCAUCUUUAAAAAAUACAGAUUAUGAUGGAACUGACCACCCAGUACUUCUUUCAAAGACUGCUUCUGGAACGUUGUUUAUAAAUUUAGAAAGUAACGAUGAAAAAGUUAAUGCUAUGCUAAGAAAAACUCCAUCUGGGGGAAUAUUACUUAUUCCAAAAACGUGUAAAGAGUGUAAAAGACAUUCCUCUGAAGAAUUAUUCAAAGUAGUUGUUACUGGGGUCACUACAUCCCCAGUGGAGUUACCAGCAGUACUAAAAAUGACACUAUCAGAGAAUUACAUAAUUCUCUUAGAUAAGGAGUUCGAAAAGCAUUGUAAAGAAGUUUUCGAUGAAUUAGUAGGUCUUAAGACUGAAUGUUUUGUUGAUUUACACAGGACAGAUUCAGGAGAUUAUAUAAUAGAGUUAGACACUGAAGGUAAUGCUCCAACAGAUAAAAACAAUGCUUUGUUGAUAAAAUCCUCAUCGGGAAACCUUAAGGUUUUGGUUCAUGGACCGGUAUUUGAAGCUUUGUUACCUGAUCUCUCUUCUAAAAGUUCUGCGUCGUCGGCAAAGGCGUUUGGACAAAUAAUAAAUAAAUUACCUGCUUCAAGUAGAGAAAUCCACAGAGAAAAUUUAAGAAAAUCAAAACGGCUCGACAGAAAAGCGAGCAGUGACACUCAAAUAUAUGAAAAGAUAAAAGUGCAGCUUCAAGAAAAUAAACAAUUGCUAUCAGAACCUUCUGCUAUACUGAAAAGGACUGAUUCUGGCCAAUACUCUAUUGUUUUAAACAAGGAAUCAAAAAAAGCUUUCAUCAAUAAUUUGCAACAUUAUUUAACUACAAACUCAGAAGGGCUAAUACCGAUUAGACGAUCAAAUUCAGGACAAAUCAUUAUAAGUCUCAAUAACAACAACGAAGGAAAAGGAAACUUUGGAUCAUUAAAAAUUACUUCAUCUGGCAAUAUUUACAUCUUAGUUGACGAAGAUAUCAUAAAAGAUAUGAGUAAGGACUCUAAAGAUGUUUUGGAUAAAACUGGUAGUAAAAGACCUAGAAACAUAGCAGACUUAAUAGCUACUGUUAGUAAAGCAGUUGCAACGACAUGCCAUGCCAAACCUGAUGAUUGUGACUGUGAUACGACCAAGUGUAUUUGUGAUGAAUUGCAGUUGGAGACAAUAGAUUGGUCACAAGAAAAUCCUGCAAAAUUUGUCAGUCCUAUUCUGAAAAAAAAUAUUGUAGAAAGUGUUGACAGAAGACAUCCCAUCCCAAGGGAUGAACCACCCCAUAUUGUUAUAAAACCUAACUGUGAUUGUGGGGCUUUACCAAACAGUAAAUUUGGUUCUACAGAGCAAUGCUUUAUUGUGGUUGAUUCGGUUUGUCCAUUUCACAAAGAUAGAUACAAGGCAGUGUCCAAUGAGCUGUUAGAGAUAUCUGGUCUCUGCAAAACUCAUGAAAAAAACAAUGAAAAUGAAAUCUUAGAGUUGGAAGCGAAUCACGAUAUACCCGGUAAAGGAGAGCAACGUGAAGUUUGGGAUUCUUUAAAUUAUUUACCACCGCAACUUCCAUCGUUUUUGAAAGAUGUGUGCUAUCGAUAAUACUACAAUCGAUUUAGUUUAGAUCUGUGACUUAUGACGUCACACUACAGUCGUAUGAUAACAGUAAACACGUAUAAAAAAAUGUUUUAAAUAAUAUUGUUUAUAUGCCUCAAUUUAUGUUGAAAACAGGGAUGUACGUCACCCAUUUUAUUUCCUAACUUCGUAUGAUCAAUGAUCGCAUACGUUUUGUUGAGGAGCUCGUAAUGGUUGUAUUUUGAAAUGUCACACUAAAACUCUACGAUUGAUGAUCAAAGUUCUAUUACAAUAGCCAUUUAUCAGAUGCUCGUGUACAAUUUUAUGUGCGAUCAUGUUUUUGUUUGCAGAUAAAUAAGGUCCAUUUGUCCAUACUUUUAAAUAAACUGUAUUUUCAACUUUAUUAAAGGCUCAUCAUAUGCAA